AUGGCGAAAAAGAAAAAUAAGGGAAAUGGAGGCAACAACAACAACAAUGGAGGCAAGGAAAAUGAAGAAAACAACAAUGGAGGAAAUAAUGAAAACAACAACAAUAACAACAAUAACAACAACAACAACAUGGUCUUGAAAGUCUCCAUGCAUUGUGACGGUUGCGCUUCCAAAAUCAUCAAACACCUUCGCUCCAUCAAAGGUGUGGAAACGGUGAAAGCAGAGAGUGAGACCGGAAAAGUAACCGUCGUCGGAAAAGUGGACCCUGUUAAAGUGAGGGAUAAUCUCGCGGAGAAGAUAAAGAAGAAAGUGGAACUUAUUUCUCCACAGCCCAAGAAGGAGAAAGAGAACAAGAAGGAAACGGAAACAAACAACAAGUCCGAUGAGAAAACGAAAACCGACGACCAAAAAACCAAAGAGAAAGAGACGGUUACCACUUCAGUGUUGAAAAUGUUACUACACUGUCAAGGAUGUAUUGACAAAAUUGGCAAGAUUGUGUUGAAAACCAAAGGUGUGCUUGAAAUGACAAUAGAUAAGGAGAAAGAUACUGUAACUGUGAAGGGUACAAUGGAUGUGAAGAAACUGGUUGAGAAUUUGACUGAGAAGCUCAAGAGGAAAGUUGAGGUUGUUCCUCCUAAGAAAGACAAGGAAGGUGGUGGUGGUGGUGGAGGUGGUGAGAAUGAAGGAGGUGGAGGAGGAGGGAAGAAAAAGAACAAGGGUGGUGGUGGUGGAGGAGGAGAAGGGGGUGAGAAUAACAAUAAUAACAAUGAAGGGGGAGAAGUUAAGAAAAUGGAGUAUAUGGUUCAACCAGCAUUUGGUUAUGGUUUUGGUUAUGGAAAUGGAAGUUAUGAGGGAUAUAAUGAACAAGUUUACCAAAAUCUGUUACAUAUUCAUAUGCAUACUCAACCACCACAAAUGUUCAGUGAUGAGAAUCCUAAUGCUUGCAAUGUCAUGUGA